CAGAAGCAUAACCAUCGAGCGCGGGUCCGAGACAGGAACAUCCGCGCAGACGAGAUUUGUGCAGCAGGAAGAAUAUCACACAACGGUGAGUGGAUCGUGGUACCACCAAGCAGCAGACACAUUCGCGGCAGUCUGAGGUGGGCCCACGGAGAGGCCACCCAGUUAGUGCACCGUCUGUCUCUCUUCCCAGGAAUGUACAGUGGCCCAUGAUGAAUAGUACGGGACACGAGAGAUGGCGACCUAUGGCGAUCUCCAGUCCCUCCACCCGCCUCCGGUCAGCUCGAGCCAUGCCCCAUUGGGUGCAUGCCCGUGAGCCAAAUGAAAACAUCGCCCCUCCACCUCUGCCCACCUCCGAGCCGCCACCGCUGGACCCCGACUAUGAGGUCAUCGAGUUCCCAGGACAAGCUUACACCAAUGCUCCACUCGUCACGAAGCCGGCCGCAGCUGGAGAUGGAAAACGAGAUGGCCGCCAUUGUGAUCUGUGUGGAUGCUCUACCCCCACUGUUCGCUGUGAUAAGUGUGCUCAGCAGAUCUUCUGCCUCUCCUGUGAUGAUAUGUACCACAGGCACCCCAAGCGACAGAGCCAUGUCAGAAAAGCUCUGGAAACUUCCAGGUUCCAAACGUUCCGCCCCCCACUGCCACCCAAAAAUGAACACAUGCCUGCACCUGUUCCACCCCCAAGGAAGAACAAACGACCUGGCAGCAGCAACAGCCGAGUGGGGACACCCAGCCCGGAUCAGGGUCCAACUCUGCCCAAGAAGGAUUUCUCAAUCAAGGAUAAGAUGGGAAGCUUGAAAAGGAUGAUGGGUGGCAGGCCUUUACCGCCCCCACCUAACAAAUUCCAGACAGCGAUGAGAGAUGACUUUGACCACAUGGUUCCAAGUCCUCCAACACUGAGUUCAGCCCCACCUGAGCAAACACACCAACCAAAACCACAAAUGGCUGACCGUAUAGGGACACUUCAACAGCGCUAUCGUCAACAUCAGGCUGCAAUGAGGGGUACCACUCCCAACAUCCCACUUACUGUUGUGGAAAUGAACAAUAAGCUGAGUGAAAAUGAACGAGAAAAUGAAACAAAGCAACAAAGAGCCAGAAGCAAUAAUAUGGCCAACAACAGUUUAACAAACUUGCCUGACCAGCAUCUACCACCAAGCAGGGACAGUGGUUACCCAGACUGGGAAGCUGAACAAUGGGGCCUACGAAACCGCUCAGGCAGUGUUUCUGGUUCAUCUGGCAUUGACAUAAGCUCCAGGAUGCGAUAUAAUUCAAAUGACAUAUCUGGCCUGGCGACAUUAUCUCGUCGUCGCACUAGUGAAUUCCAGUCUCCACCAUCAACUCCUGCUCAACGAAGUAAUGGGUUUUUUGGAAGGGGCCUUACGCAGAGUAGCUCUGUAACUGAUCUGCAGGGAAUCGCGAAUUAUCCACCACAGCCACAACAAAGUUUCCACACAAUGCAACAGGCCCAGUCUAUGGCACAUCUGAAUUGUCCAAGUUGUCAUCAUGGCAUGGUAUGGAUCUCUAAUAACCCAUGGGAAUUUGGUGGCCCACCUGGAAGGACACCAAGCAAUUUAAGUUUAAACAUACCGGCUUCUGGUUAUACUGGUGGAGAUGGCAGUGGAUUUGUCCCUGUGUGGGGUGCAGGUGUCAAUAACAUGGGUACUUGGCAUGGCCCACCACCAGGAAUGUAUCCUACAUCACCACCAGGAGGAUAUCCACUAGGCAUGAGUGCAUCACAAACCAGCAUUAAUGCACCUAACAGUAACAUGCUUCCUCGAAACAUGGGUCAGAAUAACCGCAGACAUUCAUCACCUGCACACAGUACAAAGUCCACACAACAGCAGCAAUGCAGGAGAGCUGUGUCCCCAGCACACAGUGUCAAGUCUACACAGAUGCACAGGGUGACAUCCCCAGCCCCAAACAACCAUCAACAAUACCACAGAGCUGAAUCACCAGCAACUAGCAUAAAAUCACGGAAAUCACAGACCUCAAGAUUGAACGAUUAUCAGACACAGAAAAAUGUAGCUACAGUGCCUCAGCAUAAAAGCCAUGAGCCUUCAGAAAGUUCUGGAGAUGAAUACUUCUCAAAUGUCCAGAAUGAUGAACAAGUGGUUGAUGAUGAUCUAGAAAAAGGGACUGAUGAGGAAACACAGUUACCUCCGCCAAAACCAGUAAUUCCUACACACCAGUGGGAAUGUGAACACUGUACAUAUGUCAAUCGUGCUGGCACCAGGGUUUGUGCCAUCUGCUGCAAGACUCCAACAGGUCUACCACAGAAACCAUCAACAGACUCACACCAACAACAACAACAACAACAACAACACCGACGUAGAUUAAGACGAAAUAAUUUGGACACCAGCAGAAUUACAAAUAGUCUCAAUACGCAAACCAGAAGCCAAAAAAACACAAUCAAUGGUUCAAGUUUCAGACGUGGCAGUGUAAAGAGCACCAAGAGCCGAAGUGAUGCUGAUUACAAUGACACAGGCACCAGCAGGCAAUGGCGUCACAGUGAAUUUAUGGUCAAGCGUGAGCCACAGCCUACAAGUGAUGACUAUAGCGACAUUCCCUAUGAUGAGGGCUAUGUUGUAGCACAGUUCAACAAACAACUGAGAAUUACGCGUAAAUCAGACAAAACUGUAGAUGCUGAAGAAGAUUCCUAUGACGGUGUGCAAUUGCGAUCUUCAGAUGUAGACUCAACUAACAGUAAAAGGAAAGGGGAAAUUCUGGAAGGUGCGAAGACAUCUGAAAUGGCGCAGACAAAAUCUCGCCACAAUGAAUUAAGUGACUCUGUGUCUGAGACUAAAUCUGUUCCAUCUGCCCCUUCAGAUAUAUUCACCACCACAACAUCCUCCGACUCUCAUUCUCAAUUCUCAGUAGCAACACCACCUCCACUACCCAUAGUUAAUGAUCAGGAGCUUUCUGCAACAAACAAAACUGUCAAGGAAAUACCCAAACAUCAGAGAAGUCGAGCUGCCACUCCAGCUGAGAAGACUACAGUGUCAACAGGAGUUGGACCAUCACCUCCUAGAGAAAUUCUGAUAUUAGAAAGUAAGCCAGUUCAGACAAGUGUCAUGCCAACGGCCACUCAGUCUGUCACAGACACUCAGACAACAAAAUCAAGCACUGAAAUACAGAAAACAGAAUCUAGUAUCGAAAAAAAUUCUGAAACUUCCAAUAAAUUUAAAGUGAUGACAUCUACUGGAACAUCACCGCCACCACAAAGCAUCUCAACUCAGACAUAUGAAGCACCUCUGAAAGCGAUGAGCAUGUCAGGGCAAAGUGAUGCUGCCACAUUACCAGGCCACAGGCAUGAGCAGGAGGAAAUGCAUAAGCCAGCACAAAGGCUGAAACGCGCCAUGUCGUUGCAUAUGAGCACACAAACAGCUGAUGACACCUGGGGAAGUACUCCUCACUACCUCUUCCGCUCACAAAGCCGACAGUCACUCAUGAGUGAUGCUCAGAGUCUGCCAUUAUCACCUUCAAGGGACACAAGUCCUGUUCGGUUUGGAGGCAGAUUUCCUGAUGAUGACAUGCUUACGUUUCGAGAGCACAACAACCUUGGUUCAUAUUUUGGUGGACCUUCCAAUGAUCUUAGGAGAGAUGAUUUUCAAGAGGGAAAACACCAUUCAUCCAUGGACCACAAAAGAAUCUCAGACUCAACCAGGAGUCACGUUGAUAUUCACCAUAAUGACCAAUGGGAAAACAGGAGAACUUCUUUUCCUGCAGAGUCUCCUGGAUAUAAUAAUUAUUUAAGGCCUGAACGUGCAGGACGUCGCCACAGCAUUGGCAGUCGUGCUGGGUCCCAACCCCCAGAAAGUCAACUUGGGAUGAAUCGACAAGACUUUUUUGCCUUGGAAGAUUUAGUACAAAGGCAACGUACAGAAGCAAUGAAAACUCAGGGUCUUGAACUAGUCAGGUUGCUCAGGGAAGCUGAACAGCACAGCUUCACACCUGAAGACUUGCAGGUGGCAAUGAACCAUUGUGGUGAUAAGAAUCCAAUCGACUGGCUGAAGGAGAACUGGCGCAACAUGAUAGACACAGUGGUCACACUGGCAACUAACUAUGGCCAUGAACGCAAAGAAAACAACAUUGGCACCAUAUCAGUUCCUGAAGCACGUGACGCCUUACGUUUGCACAGGGGAAAUGUGUGGGCAGCAGUCACUGAGUGUGUUGAGCAACGUCAAAAAAAGUAUGCAGAUUUGUUGUCACGUGGAAAUUUUACAAGAGAGGACAUUGUAACUGUACUAACAGCAAAUCAUGGUAACACAGAAGCUGCUUAUCUCGAGCUCAGUAAAACUCAGCUUAAACCAUUCCUCAUGAGGAUCUGGGGGCCUCCAAACGGAACAGAAAAUGAAAGUGGGAAUAUUAAUGCAGAGAAUACUGGGGUGAACACUAAUGAAAUACCAAAUGCUGUAGCCAAUAAACACCCUGAAGAUGAAGAUGACAAUAUAUCAGUAACAGACUUUGUAGAUGCACAUUCUGAUACGGAAUCUGAUGAAGCAAUUAUUGACAACAAAAAAGCGGUGAGUGAUAAAUCUGAAUCAGUCCUUCCAGAUGAGCCUUCAAGUUUGGCGACUGCAGUAGAGAUCAGUAGCUCUGCAAGUUUAAAGGGAAGUAAUGUUCAUAUAGGGACAGUCAAUUUGGGGCAAUGUGAAACUCAGGUAUGUGACAAAGAUCCAGUCAAAGAUGAGGACCAGCAAAUUCCUGCUGAAUUUUCUUCAGUAGAUGAAGGAGUGAUAUCUAAAGACCAAGCAUUCCAGAUGCUGUUGAAUGUGCUGACAGGCAAUUAUUCAGGCAUUCCUCAUGCAAAAGCAUUCAAAGACUCAAUAAUGGCUGCAUUCAAUCAGAAUAAAGCACACCAAGCAAGUUCAACUCCACAACAAGAACCAUCUGAGGCUUCAGGAGAAAUAGGUAGCAUCACAAAUUCACAAUCAGUUUAUGAAAAGGAUUAUUUAUUUGAAAUACCUCCAGAUAAAAAGAUGGCAGCUGAAUCAACAAGUUUUCAAGAAGACACCACAGAAAUAGAUAAAGUACUCCAUGAAUCACAUGCACAUCAAGAAAUUUCUAAGCCUUUUCCUGAACAUAAUAUCACAGUAGAAAGCAAACACAAUGAACCUGAUUCCACAGUGAAACAAUGGAGUCUAAAACUGGAAUCUGCCAGAAUCGUAGAUAAUGAUAGUAUUCCAGUUAAUGAAAGUUCAGACAUCACUGCCAAUCCGAUGAAAACAGAAUCGUUACCUAUACAAACCUCUGUAGAAAGAGUCAGUGACAAAGAUGACCAAUAUCACAAUCCAAUUGUAGAACCAUUACAACACGAACACAUACAGAAAGAAAGUCUACAGAAUAUAGUACAAAGUGCACCCUCAUUUCAAGAGCACUGUGCAGAUGAAGAUGACGAUUAUGAAGAAUAUGUAACAAAUGAUGAAAUGGAGGAAGAAGAUUAUGAGGAAGAGGAUGAAGAAGAAAAUGAAGAAAUAAAACUGAUACUGGAAAAUAUGAAUGCAGUUAGUGAAUCACCAAAAUUCUCAAAAGAUCAUGAAAACAUUCUGAGCCUCCAUGAUAAGAAGACUGAAAAUAUGCUGGUUUUAAAAGCAGCACAUGAAAUUUUAACAGAUAAUAUAGUAGCUUCUCUCCCAUCUAAACAAGCAGAAAUAGAAAAUUCUUUCACCUUGAUGUCAGUAAAAAGCGCUGACGUAUCAACUCCAAGUCCCCAAAGAAUGGGGACAGAAGAUCCAUCACAUUCAUCAAGAUCCAUGACAAAUGAUAUAACUCCUUCUACCAAUGCAGAAUCUUUCCAUACUGUUUCAUGCGCAUUUACUUCCAUGGAUGCGAAAGCCCCAGUUCCUCCUAAACGUAAAUCAGCAAAGGUCAACAGAAAUCCACCAAGUGUCAGUACACAUACAACUUCAAAUAACAAUGAAGCUAUAAUACAAAAUGGUACUACAGCUCAAACUCAGUCAAGUUCUUCUCAGUUAGAAGUCCUCCAUUCAACAAAUAGUGAUAAUCAUUUAUAUGCCUCUAUCAAAGAAAACAGUAUCACAGCCAAUGAAUAUCUGCAGCCCACAGCAUUUCAUUCUGUCAAUAAUGAAAGCUUCAAAAAGCCGGAUGAAGUCACAAGCCCCAUAGCAGACGUAUCUAGCACAGUUACAGAUCAAUUCCAGUUUGAGCGUCAGGUACGGAGAUUUCUUGCUGAGGGAUUGGUGAAAACAUAUGAACAGGCUGAGCUAGCUGUGAAACUGAUGGAUCUAAAGUUUGAACAAGAUGAGGCACUGAAUGCAGCUCAAGAAUGUAGCACCCUAAAUGCAGCUCUAUCAUUCCUGCAACAAGAGUGUGAACUCUGUACUGGAAAAUACCCUAUGAAGCAGAUGGUGUCCAUGCUCAAAUGUAUUCACUGCUGCUGCAAGGACUGUGCAAAGAACUACUUCACAAUCCAGAUUACUGAUCGCAAUAUAAAUGAUGCUGUAUGUCCAUUCUGCAAGGAACCAGAAAUGCAAGAUGACGAUGAAGCAUUAGAAUACUUCAGUAAUCUUGACAUCUUACUAAAAAGCUUUCUUGAUCCACCAAUUCAUGAGCUCUUCCAGAGGAAACUAAGAGAUCGGACAUUAAUGCAAGAUCCCAACUUUAAAUGGUGUGUCAAGUGUUGUUCUGGAUUUAUUGCCAAUCCCCGCCAAAAGAGGUUGGUCUGUCCUGACUGCCGUUCAGUAACAUGCGCAUCCUGCAGACGACCAUGGGAGAAGCAACAUGAGGGUAUUACAUGCGAAAAAUUUGCUGAGUGGAAAGAAGCGAAUGAUCCUGAGAUCCAGGCAGCAGGACUGGCUAAACACUUGGCUGAACAUGGUAUUGACUGUCCAAAGUGCAAGUUCCGCUAUUCACUGGCAAGAGGAGGUUGCAUACACUUCACAUGCAGCCAGUGCAAACAUGAAUUCUGUUGUGGCUGUGGCAAAACAUUCACUAUGGGAGCCAAGUGCACUGUAGGUCCAAACUGUGCAAAGCUAGGCCUACAUGCUCACCACCCACGCAACUGUAUCUUUUAUCUAAGGGACAAGGAGCCUGCACAGCUGCAGGAACUACUUAAGGAACACAACAUCGCAUUUGACACAGAGCUACCAACAAACCUGAAAACUCAAGAGCAGAAUGGUGAAACUUUGAAGUGCCUGGUACAAGUGCAAAAGGAAACGCCUGCAGGAAUGAUUGACACUGUCUGCAAUGGAGAUACUGCAGAAGGACAGGCAGGACUCUGCAGGAGGCACUAUGUAGAGUAUUUAAGUAAACUAAUCUGGAAGCACUCACUGGAUACAUUAAGCAUUCUAAGCACAGGUGAUCUCGAAACUCUUGUUAGACGAGCAAGCAUGCGCUUACCUCCCAGACCAUAUGGAACAUUGGACCUCAUCUAUCGGGAUCAUUUGCUCAAGGUAGUUCAAGAAAGAAUUCCAUUAGACUGACAGUGAGAGAUGAAGAGUCCACAUGAGUAUCUGCAGCAGCCAACAAAAAUGCUACAUGUUUGUUAACUGAUACAGACAUAAUUUAGUUUGUGUGACUGUUGAAAUCUCAGCAUGAUUUUGUGAAUCUCAAGUUGUAGGUAAAGAAAAGUAUAAAAUUGUCCUUGUGUUAAAUUAAGCAGCAUGUCACAUGUAACAAAUUCUUAAAAUGUAUGUAAUUAGCCUAAAAAAUGUGACAGGCAUGUCUUUUUACAUAAUUCUACAGUGUGCUUCCAUGAAAAUAAAGAAUGUAGCAUAACAAAGAUUUUUGAUUCCACGAAGAUGGUUUCUGUUACACGCAAUUUAAUAAUUAGUACUAACUGACACUAAAAAUGAAAUACGACUUUGAAUAGGAAAUAAAUGACUAUAAGAUGUGAGAUUUGCAUGGCAGUCACUAUGAAGGCUAUUGUCUUCUGGAAUGUCAUGUCAUGUAAUCUGGUAGAAAUUCCUCUGAAACAGCAAAAACAUCUACCACAAUACACUGCAUCAUACCCCCAGAAGAUAGAAAUCUUCAUAUAACUACGUGAAUAUAUGCAAUAUAUUUAUCAUCAUGGUUGUCAUCAGAAUGGAAAAAAUUAUGGUAGUGUUGCUACCAUUUCAGGAAUAUUACUGAUUACAAAAUUUUACACAAAAUUUAUUAAUGGAUCUAAAUUAUCACCAUACAAAACUGAAUACACCCCCCCCCAAAAAAAUAUAAAUAAAUAAAUUAAAUACAAUAAAUACAGGUAUGAAAGUGUCUCAGACCGUAAUGGAUUUUUCUUUUAUUUUUUGGUUUAUUUAAUCAUGCUGUUAGUAUUAAAAAUCUAUACAGCAACAAAUGGUAGGAUGAUUAGCAAAUGAAUCAGAAAGGGUGUGAAAGGAAGUGGUCAUAGACUAAUUUGAGGUACUACUCCAGAAAUUGCCUGGAAGAACUAAGCAAAACCAUGAAAACCUCCAUCAGGACAGUGUCCAAAUGAGGAUAUAACCAGCCACCUCUGACUACAUGUCAGAAGUGUCACUGCUUAAGCCAGCCUGUUCAGUCACCCUUUAUGAAGCAUACAGCUUAGGCAAAGUGACAAAAUUUUUAACUUAAUCCAAAUGAAUAUAUUGUAUCAUCAGCAUGAAGUAGAGUAAUUCUCGGGAAACUAACAAUCACUCGGCUAGAGAAGAAAUUCUCAUCCUUCCAGUACUGCAAUCAUAACAGCCCAGCAAUUGUCCCUAUCCUGAGCCACUUGAAACCAAUCAACAUUACUUCUCUGUAACAUUAACUACAAACACACUGCAGUCUUCUGGGUUAUGAUACUGUGUAGUCUUGCAAGCCAAUACCAAUGUUCCAGAUGAACAUACUGCCUCUAUCUUCAGGGCUGAAAGGUGCAGGGUGAAAAAAUGGUUGGGUUAUAAAACAAUGUGAAGAAGGUUGCCAAACUUAACUCCAAAGACUGAGGUCCACUUUCCUCUGAAAUGCUGGUAUCUGCCAACAAGAUUACCCAGUGUCAUAACAAGGAACACCACAGCCUGAAGUAUCAUACUAUGGAAACCUCUAAAUUCAUACAAAUCACAUAAUUCCAUGGAAUCAAGUCCUUCUUGAGAAGGUAAGAAUCACUCAGUUAUUACUCAAAGACAUUCUCAAAAUUUUGUGGAAUCUGAUGGUUCAUUAGUCUGUUCACAAAGGUCAGCCACUGGCCCCCAUCCUGAACCAGAUGAAUCUAGUACAAACUACUCCAUACCUCUUACUACACACUUACAGUAACUAAAUAGUUCAACUGGCUUACCUUCACAGCACCAAGCCUUUGAACUUUGCUCUUAUAUACUGGAUUUUGCACUGGCUUGAGAAAGAGCCUGUCCAGUUAUCAUGGACUGCAUUACAUGUUUGUCUUUGCAGCCAGGAAACUGAUAUGAAUUCACACUGAAUGAAGCAACAUCUCAGUACUUCCAACUGUUACUGUAAAUCUCCAAUCAGCAAUCCACAAACAUGAACCAGAGAUAUGAGUUAAUUCAAACUUGCCAAAAAUUCUUUAAGCGUUGGUCUCGGACUCUGAGAAGCAGCUGAAGUGUCAGCCAGAAUAUUCCGCAGAGCACUACGCUUUUUAAUUUUCUUCGCUGUAUUUUCUAAUUCCAAUAUCAUUCUCUCUUUAUUCUUCUUUCUUGAAGAUACAAUUUGUUGUUUUGCUGCUGCAAUUUGUUCUCUGACAGUUGAUUUAAAUUUCUGCACCUUUGGUCCAGCUGUAGAAAACAGUGUUAAACCAUUAGAACUGUCUUCUGCUUUCCCUUUUCUCCUUCUUGAUUGUGUCGGCUGCUCUUGAGGAGUGACUGCAGGUUCUAUGGACUGACUAAUAUCUACAAAUUUAUUAUCUUUCUUAUUUUUCUUUUCUCUCUUCAAAAUUGAGAGUUCUCUUUUAGGAG